AUGGCUUGCAAUAGUCGAAAGGAUACAUUCUGGCUCGUCCACGACACGCUCUACUCCAACGGCUUUCCUCGUAACCACCCCAUCCUGCUGCAGUCGAUACGCUGCUUCCAUGUCGACGCGCUCACUCACGUCAGCUCAAAGCUCUACGGGCGUCGAGACUAUAGUGAGUAUAAUGACUCCGGCCCGAAGAAUCAGUGGUUUCUGGUUAUUGAGGGGGAGACCAUGCAGGCGUGUUUGAGCUUGCAGCCAUGCGACAAUGUCCGCACAGGCGGUUGCGGGACCCUGACGCUGCAGAUUAUGGGGUGCUACGAGCGGCCGCCGUUGGAUCUCCUACAGAGGCAGACUUACCAUUGCCUUCGGGAGAGACUAACGGGCAAGGCGGUCCUGGAAACGAUCUUCUUCAACGGCUGGCACAAAUACCAGAUGAUGCCGUCAUUGGAGCCGGGCUCUCCGUGUGGACGACGAUACCAUAUGAGGGCCAUGCUUUACGACUUGCAGGACACAGGAUGGAUAGGGACCAGAAGCGUGCAGGACUUGGAGAUUUCCGACUAUCUCGAGCGGGAAUACAUCCCCGGCCAGUGGACAGCAGACAACACGAGGCAGUUGUUCAGUAGAUCUUUUCCCAUCAGGCUUGGACAAUUUCGCCCGGACGUGGGCAGGCUGCACCCGGGUUACCCUUUUUUGGCUGGCGGGGGAUAG